AGUGGAGGAGGCAGGAAUGCCUGGGACAUCGCGGGGCAUGUGAGCAGGCCCAGCAGCCAUGGCCCACUAUAAGACUGAGCAGGACGACUGGCUGAUCGUCUACUUGAAGUACUUACUCUUUGUCUUCAACUUCUUCUUCUGGGUCGGGGGAGCAGCCGUCCUGGCUGUGGGCAUCUGGACCCUGGUGGAGAAGAGUGGCUACCUCAGCGUCCUGGCCUCCAGCACCUUUGCCGCCUCCGCCUACAUCCUCAUCUUUGCGGGCGCACUUGUCAUGGUGACCGGCUUCCUGGGCUUCGGUGCCAUCCUCCGGGAGCAGAAGGGCUGCCUCUCCACGUAUUUCUGCCUAUUGCUCGUCAUCUUCCUGGUUGAGCUGGUGGCGGGAGUCCUGGCCCAUGUGUACUACCAGAGGCUGAGUGAUGAACUGAAGCAGCACUUGAACCAGACUCUGGCUGAGAACUACGGGCAGCCUGGAGCCACGCAGAUCACCACCUCAGUAGACCGGCUCCAGCAGGAUUUCAAGUGCUGUGGAAGCAACAGCUCAGCCGACUGGCAGCACAGCACGUACAUCCUGUCGCGGGAGGCCGAGGGCCGCCGGGUGCCCGACAGCUGCUGCAAGACAGUGGUGACGCACUGCGGCCAGCGGGCCCACCCCUCCAACAUCUAUAAGGUGGAGGGAGGCUGCCUCACCAAGCUGGAGCAGUUCCUGGCCGACCACCUGCUGCUCAUGGGGGCUGUGGGCACCGGGGUGGCCUGCCUGCAGAUCUGCGGGAUGGUUCUCACCUGCUGCUUGCACCGGAGGCUCCAGCGGCAUUUUUACUAAUGGCCAACCACCUCCUCUUCCAACUGCCCCUCAGGACGACAGGUGGCCACAUGCCAUCUGCAAGGCCUGCAGAGUUAGCACCAGCUCCACUAGGGCCAUAGAUGCCCCCUCUUUUGUGCCCAGCUCCUGCAAAUCCACCAAGUGCCUGAGACCAUAGCUUCCACUGUGCCCACCCAGGCAGGGACCCUCGGCCCCCUCUCCUCCAUUUUCAGCCCCCAUGGCCAGAUCCUGGGCAGGGAAAUGACCCUUUCAGGAGACAACCAGAGCCCCUCACCAGGCACAGGGGAGCCCGUGGACUACGGCAUGGUGGCAGUUGGGUUCUCUGCUCCCUCCCAGCCCCUGAACCUGGAACAAUUGGCAGAAAACCCAGGA